CCGGCCGUGCCGGGGCCGCGCCGGGGCGAUGCCGGGGCCGGCCCCGCCGGGCCAUGGAGAUCCGCUGCGGGGGACUCCUCUUCAGCUCCCGCUUCGACUCGGGAAACCUGGCGCACGUGGAGCAGGUGCGGCCGGCAGAGGCGGGGGGCGGCCCCGCCGCCCGGGCCAACGCGCUCCCCGCCGCCGACUACGAGUUCAACGUGUGGACGCGGCCCGACUGCGCCCAGACCGAGUAUGAGAACGGCAACAGGUCCUGGUUCUACUUCAGCGUGCGCGGGGGGGCCCCGGGGAAGCUGAUCAAGCUGCACAUCCUCAACAUGAACAAGCAGAGCCGGCUGUACGCUCAGGGCAUGGCUCCCUUCGUGCGCACCCUGCCUGUGCGCCCGCGCUGGGAGCGCAUCCGGCAGCGGCCCAGCUUCCAGGUGGUGGAGACGCAGUUCGUGCUGUCCUUCGUGCACCGGUUCCUGGAGCACCGCGGGGCCACCACCUACUUUGCCUUCUGCUACCCCUUCUCCUACACCGAGUGCCAGGACAUGCUGGCACAGCUGGACGGCCGCUUCCAAGACUGCAGGCACAUGUCCCCCAGCAGCCCCCUGGACUCUGUCUAUUACCACCGGGAGCUGCUGUGCCACUCGCUGGACAAGCUGCGUGUGGACCUGCUGACAGUCACCUCGUGCCACGGCAUGCAGGAGAAGCGGGAGCCGCGGCUGGACAAGCUCUUCCCAGACACCAGCACGCCCCGGCCACGCCGCUUUGCUGGGAAGAGGGUGUUUUUUCUCAGCAGCCGAGUCCAUCCAGGAGAAACCCCCUCCAGCUUUGUUUUCAAUGGCUUCCUGGACUUCAUCCUGCGGGAGGAGGAUCCCCGUGCCCAGAUGCUGCGGCGGAUGUUCGUCUUCAAGCUCAUCCCCAUGCUGAACCCUGACGGGGUGGUGCGGGGCCAUUACCGAACCGACUCCCGCGGGGUGAACCUGAACCGGCAGUACCUGCACCCCGACGCCGAGCUGCACCCCGCGGUGUACGGGGCCAAAGCCGUGCUGCUCUACCACCACAUCCACAGCCGCGUCCUGCCGGGCUCUCCAGACUGGAGGACGUUUGUCUCCCCGCUCGGCACCAGCUCGCUGAGCACAAAAUGCCCCAACCCUCCCGUCCCAGACGCGGAGGCCGCGCUGUCGGAGCUGGACAAAGCCAACAAUGCGCGGAACUCCCCCGGUGCCGGUGCCUGGUGUGCCGGCACCGCCUCCCGCCCGGACCGGGACACGCGGCUGUCGGACAGCACCGACCAGGCCACCUGGAUCCUGCCCUCGAGCCACACCGACGAGCACUGUGAGGAGGGGGUGCAGAGGCCUCCCUCAGCCCCCUCGCCCGAGGCCACCGAGCCCCCCGAGCCCAUCGCACCCAUCGCACCCCGGGACAGUGGCCUGGCCUACUACGUGGACCUGCACGGCCACGCGUCCAAGCGCGGCUGCUUCAUGUACGGAAACAGCUUCAGCGACGAGAACGACCAGGUGGAGAACAUGCUGUUCCCCAAACUGAUCUCCCUGAACUCGCCUCACUUCGACUUCACGGGCUGCAACUUCUCGGAGAAGAACAUGUACGCCCGGGACAAGCGGGACGGGCAGUCCAAGGAGGGCAGCGGGCGCGUGGCCGUCUACAAGGCCCUGGGCAUCAUCCACAGCUACACCCUGGAGUGCAACUACAACUCGGGGCGCUCGGUGAACAGCAUCCCGGGGGCCUGCCAUGACAACGGCCGUGCCAGCCCCCCGCCCCCGCCCGCCUUCCCCUCCCGCUACACUGUGGAGCUCUUUGAGCAGGUGGGCCGGGCGGUGGCGGUGGCGGCGCUGGACAUGGCCGAGUGUAACCCGUGGCCGCGGAUCGUGCUGUCGGAGCACACCUGCCUGGGCAACCUGCGGGCCUGGAUGUUGAAGCACGUGCGGGGGCUGCGCGGCGCCGGGGGGGGCCCGCGGAGGAGAGAAGGGGCCGGGACCCCCCCCAGGAGCUCCACUGGGCUGCCCACCUCGGCCUCUGACAACUCCCUGGCCCGCACCAGGAGCUUCAGCAACGGCACCGGCGGGAGCGGGGGCAGCCAGCAGGAUUCCCCGCGGAUCCGGGCCUCCCCCAGCUUCACCUUCGGCAGCCCCAGGCCCCCGGCUGCGGCCACGGCCCCCCCGAGCCCCCCGAGCGGCAGCGGCGCCCCGGCCCCGGGCAGAGGGACCCUGCCUGUGGGCACCCAGGUAAUGCCACGCACCAGCCACGGACCGCAGGAGGCCCAGCAAGGUGUGGGAGAGCUCCAGGGCACAGCACUGCUGCAGGUGCUCCCGAUGAAGCUGAACGCCCGGAGAGCCCUGGAGCGGCCUGGGGCUCUGCCUGGAGGCCCCCGUGCCCCCCGGGGGGGUGCUGAGCGCCGAGGGACCCUUCCCGAGCCGGGGCAGGGGCCCGCGGCCCCAGGAACUGGUGUGCCUACGUGGUGACGCGCAGUGUGAGCUGUGUGGUGGAGGACGGUGUCGAGAGCUUCAUCAAGCCGGACUAUCAGCCCUGCCCCUGGGGGCAGCUCCAGUGCCCCCGGGUCCUG